AGGCCUGCGCAUAGCCCGGGUGAGUGUGUGAGAGUUUUUGCCUCGUCGAGUGGAUGGAUAGCCGCCCACAGCCGCCGCCGCCGCCGCUGCCCCCGCCACCCAUCGGAGGACCCGUUCUCGGUCUCGGCUGGAUGUUCCAAUCCCCUCCCCCCGACGAUAGGCAUAGAGAUCGCUGCUGGCCGCACUAGCGCUGCUUGAAUCGCACAGGGAGAAGGGGCCAAGAUCCAAGGGCCGUCGCCAUGGUCGCAGCGGCACAAGCAAGGCGGAGGGUCAGGAGGCGGCGGCGGAGGAGUCAAGCAACAACAGCUGCGGUUGGAGCAGCAACAAGCAAGCAUCUGUGGGCAUCUGUGGGCUCUUGGCUGGAUUUGUAGGAGAGAGUGUGAUUCUUGAUCCAUCAUCCGUUCCUCCUUUUUCGUCUUGGGCCCCUCUGGGAUUGGACCGCAUUGGAUUGAUCAGAGUUCAUAGGCGGAGGAGUGUUUGAUGUUCCGAGAGAUCCCAUGGCAGGCGGCAGCAAGCUGUGGGCGAAGUAUAGCCCCGGGUCGGUGAUUGGGGCGGGCGAGCACAGCAGCGUCUCCAUCCUGGUGCGCAAGAGCGAUGGCAAGCGAUUCGCGUGCAAGUCGACGCGCAUUGACGCCAGCAGCAAGAGCUGCUCGGUGACCAUGAAGCGCGUCCAGGUGGAGGCCGAGUGCCUGGCCAAGAUGAGCAACCACUGCGGCGUCGUCCACUACGAGGAGAUGGUGAUGGACGCGGACGCCUGGCACCUGAUCAUGGAGCUGUGCGACUGCAGCCUCGCCGACUGGAUCCAGCAGCGAGGCAAGAUCCCCGAGGCGGAGGCGGCGCUACUGGUGCGCCACCUCGCCGCCACCCUGGACGACCUCCACUCGGCGGGGAUCAUGCACCGCGAUGUCAAGCCCGACAACAUCUUGCUGGUGAGUGCCAAGAACAGCAGCGGCGGCGGCAGUACGACGAGCUGCGCCGCCGCGGCCUCCCUGGUCGUCAAGUACGCCGACUUCGGCAUCGCCGAAUACAACUGCGUCUCGUCGGCGGCGGCGGCGCGCAAGCAACUCAAGGACAAAGUUGGCACGCCGCGCUACGUUGCCCCGGAGGUGAUGUGCGGGAGCUACUGGCUGCCUGCCGAUGUGUGGAGCCUGGGCGUGACGCUCUACCAGAUGCUGGCGGGGGCGUCCAAGGUCUUCUCCGACUACUCCACCCUGGGGCUCCUCUCCGACCUCAAGGCCUGCGCCGUCACCGCCGACGCCUGCCUCGACUGGGACGGCAUCCCCGGCGGCGCCAAGGAUCUCAUCCAAAAGAUGAUGGACAAGAAUCCAUACAAGCGGCCCAAGCCCGCCGACAUCAUCGCACACCCCUGGGUCGUAGCAACCGCCGCACUCGCAUUGCCGUCGCGGUAAGCCGCGGUAUGCCGCGGUAUGCCGCAGCAUAUCCAUUUGCCCUCUCCCGCGGUAUCCCGCCCGCCCAGCCAGCUAGCCAAGCCACGUUCGCUCCCCAACUGGGAGCUCGUGGAUCCCCUGUUAGGUAGGUAAUCAAACGUCAACAACCAACCCAUUCUUUUUCUUCCUUUCGUCCAAAAAAUAACUCUUGGUUGACCGACCAUUCCGUC